AUGGGCUCAAUGAACAACAACAAGAACGACAGCAGGUGCGUAAUGGGUGAACUCGUCGUGGUUGGGGUUCGUGACGGAGACGAAUUGGAAGAAUGUGAAGUUGACGGUGCCGUUUUGGAUGGAGAAAGUUGGGAAUUGGACGGCUUCGACGGCAAUGUUUGGGUCCUGGGGCUUGAAGACGAAGAAAUAGAUAGGAUUUCAGAUGCCACAGUAGGAAGAAGGCGAAUGAUUUGA